AUGCGCCUGGACACUCCUGAAGAACGAAAGGAUCAAGGAAGAACCGACCUGACAGUGGAGGAGGUAGAGAAGUUCAGAGUGCAAGCUUUCCGUGCAGUCGUCAAGGACAAUCAGAUCUCCUUGGAGGAGGUUCUCAACCUGGUUCCGCGACGAACUUGGUCCAGGUGGGAGAACCGGGCGGGAGCAGACUUGCUGGAGUUGUCAGAGGAGCGUAAAUCGUGGGAGUGCAAUUUUCUGCUGUCCAAGUAUUUGGGCAUGGUGAAAGAAGCUCCAGCCGACGAAGAGUUCCAGGCCUCAGCUUCAAAAGAUGUGGAAGAAGCACAGGAGGUGCAGUCCGGAACGCAAACUCCACCUAGCCAGAUCGGCAACAAAGCGCUGGACCUCGAUGGCAAGGACUUAUCAUCUCCAGAGUCUGCGAGCACCUCUGGCACAGAGCUGUCGGAACUUCAACCGGUUCAACCAUCUUCGAGCCAGGCCACGACCUCGACCACCAGCAAUGAAAGUGGCAGCAGCGAUCUGCCCAAGGUGCCCUUGCCAUGUCCAGUUCCAUUGGCGCCGUUGGCAACCCCUCAGUCAAGAUUGAUCUAUCAGCCGCAGCGGCCAGUGUACAUGGUCGGUGCAGUGUCAUACACCUUACCUGGCACUGUGCGGCCUGGAUCAGUGAUGUGGCAGACCUUUCGGAGCCCGCCUGUGGCGAUAUGGCCCCCCCACGCUAUGAAGGUUUUCCAUCUAACUCUUCUCAUCGACUGUGUUCGCCGAUCCAGUUGGGCCCAGGUGGAAACCCUUGGUAUCCACGCCUUGCAUGACGCACUCCACACCUGCGAGGAGGUCGGCGUGCAGCUCCCGGAAUUUCGUGCUGGUGUCAGGUCGACCAACUCGAACCAGGGGUGUCUGGACUAG